AUGGAAAAGAUUUCGCGAAUGUCGCCCGACUGGUCUGACCUUCUGUAUCCGAAGACUUUCCGGGUUAAAGGAGGAGCUGUAAACAGAGUCGUGGAUCCGGCGAAGUCCCUCCAUCAGCCGACCCGGCAAGUGAGAGUAUGCAGGCGGUAAAGCAGAGAGGGAUCCACGUCAGCCAGUCUGAGCUUCUCUGCAAGAACAACUGUGGCUACUAUGGAAACCCCAUAUGGCAGGGCUACUGCUCUAAGUGCUGGCGUGAGCGGACCCGCAGUGCCCAGGAGGCUGCGAGAGACAAUGGCCUCCUGCCUCCUGUUCCCAAACCCCCAAGCGAUGGAGGGACUUCCCUCACCUUUUCCAGGUUUGAGGAGAAGAAGAGUGCAGAGAAGGGCCGACGUGUGAACACCAUGAGGCGGCUCUUCUGGGGCACGCCGUCCCCUGCCAAGCGGCAAGAGCCGUCAGCGAGUCAGGAGGUGGCGCUGCAGGCCUACCAGACUCUGCAGCCGGGCGACUUCACCGGCUUCCUGAAGCUGCUGCAGAAGCCCUUCUCUCAGAGCUUACAGUCACGCUGCACUGCCUUCCUGAGCACCAUGGAGGCCUACCAUGACCUGCACGUGCAGAAGCAGUCUGACCUGGUACAGGACUUCUACCAGAAUAUUGCUGGACAUUUCAGUGGCCUCUCCGAGGAGCAGACCAUCCACAUGAUGGAGCACAUGGAGAAGCUGAUCAUGACUCGGCUCCACAAGUGGGCCUUCUGCCAUGACAGCUGUGACGACGAGCAGAGGGACCUGGCCCUGCAGAGAAGGAUAAAGGCACUCAAUUGGGUCACACCUCAGAUGCUGCGUGUCCCCUGCACUAGAGAUGGGCCAGUGGGCAGUGACCCCUUUCUACCAGCCAUCACAGCUAUCAUUGAGAUGGACGCCAAGCGAGCUCCCCAAGACAAGCUGACGUGCGUGUCCAAGUGCUGCCGGAAAGUGUUUCAGGGCCUGGCGUCUUCGAGCCGUCGGCCAGCCGACGCCGACAACUUCCUGUCGGGCCUGAUCUACGUGGUGCUGAAGGCCAACCCGCCGCGCCUCUAUUCCAACAUGCAGUACGUCAUCCGCUUUGGCCUGGCGCACAGCGUCAUGGCCGGAGAGAGUGGAUACUACUUCACCAACCUGUCCUGCGCUGUGGCUUUUAUCGAGAAGCUUGACGGGUCGGCGCUCAACUUGACUCAGGAGGAGUUUGAGGCGUAUAUGCAGGGCCGGCCUUUAGCGCCCCGUGGCGUGAGGAUGAAUAGCGAGGGCUGGCGGCGGGCACAGGAGACGCGGGAACAUCUGGAGGAACUGCAGGGUCGACAGGAGCGGGUCCAUAGCGGGGUCCAAGCCAUGCAACAGCAACUGAAGCAGUGGGUUCAGUCCGUGCAGCAGCAGGUGGAUGAAGUCACAUCCCACUCGGCAAGAGCAGGCAAAGUCACAACCCCUCUUGCACCAGUUCAGCCUAAUGUGGCCACAUCCCCAACUAGUUCAGCAAAAGUGGACAUAUCCAGAACUCAUCCGGCGCAGAUCCAGGAGAAUGAAUUCAAAAAACAGUCAGAUCCAGGGCAAGUGAAAGAUCUACAGACCCAGUUUGUUGACCAGACUGGUGAGCUCACUACCCAGAAUCCCGACCAUGUGGCCUCAGUGGACACUAACAACUAGCAGCAGUUUGCAAUGAGCACAGCUCUCACUAAAACAGACCUUUUAAAGGUAACAUUAAGGCCACUGUGAAUGAAAUCUAGGAUGUAAAAAAUCUGUGGGCUGUUUGAUUAAUCUAGAUGACACAAAGCCAUUAACACAGAAGACUUAUUAAACCAGAAUGUAAAUUACUUCAGCUUCUCUGACUUUUUGGUUGCUGCAUUUCAUAGAACCUUAAAAAUGUCUUAAAAUAGUUAGUGUCAUAAUUUCUUGUCCAUUUUGUUUCCACCUCAGAGUUGUAUGUAAAAUACAUGAUUUAUGAAAUCAUGUCUGGCUUUCUGUUUACAUUCAUGUCUACCAUUUUUUCCUCUUAUUUAUUGCCUGGUCCUGUGAUUUUUAAGCAUUCUCUUUGUGAUGGGUGUUUGAUUUUGGAGAACAUGCUGCUUGAUUUAAAUGUCCAUUCUUUGUAUGUUAUACAAUAUAUUGACAUUAGAGUAAUGAAUGUGGAUUUGGACCAAUAUUUUGUUUUCUUACCAUAUACCUACGGGUUAUACAUGAAGCUGGUGCUGUUCUGUCAUAAGUCGGUGUAUAACUGUUCACUUUAAAUGAAAUCUGUGGUGCCUGUGCGCAUCAGCUGCUACAGCUGGACCUGGACUGUUUUGUUUUGACUUGAUAGAACAUGAUAAUGUGGAUACAUUUUAAAUGGUGAAUAUCUGGGAACUUUAAACCUUUCAUGUUUGUUAAGAAUUAUGGUGACUUAUGAAGAAUUUAUUUUCCAGGCUUCUGUGGCGCUACAACACAUGCCCUGGUUUUCAUAAGUCGUUUGCAUAUUCAAAUAAAUGUAAAAAAUUUAAGGAAAGAUAAUGAAGACUUGUAUUCAUAGAUAUUAAUAAAUGGAAUCACUAGUACUUGUGCCUUAUGUAUUAACUUAAAAUUCAAAAUAUUGAACAAUUUUAUAUAGAGGUGUGUUAUAAUUAAUAAAUGAAGGGCUCAGACUGAAUUUGUGAACGAAAACUCCCCUUUUCAGUUUUCAUGAAGUGCAUUACUGUUGUACUCUGUACAAUGGUAUUUAAAAAGUCUUUUCAAGUGACCCGACUAUGUUUUGUAACUUGAAUAUAAAAGUUUCCUGAUAUAUAAAUGUAUGUUAUACAAUAAAAUAACAUGGAAAUAUA